AUGGAUGGAAUCGUCACGUAUGAAUCCUCUUCCUCUGAUGAUGAAAUUCCCAAACAAGAUACUGCUCCAACACAACUUUUAAAAAGUAGUUUGAUUAAAUCCAUCGAUGUUGCGCCAGUUGUGGAGCACAAGGACGAGUUUCUAUCUCUUGUGCCUGUUGAUCCACAAUCUCAUGAACUUAUUCAUAAUCCUACCUAUGAAGAAUUAUUCGCACCAUCUUUCGGUCCAGUCAAUCCGUUUAAAUCUGAAAAACAAUUGGCUCCUAAAAAUACUUUAACUGGAUAUGUUGAAGAGGCUCACGUUAAUAAGUUUGCUUUUGAAAACCAGCAUAGAACUUUUAUGACUUAUGGUUACGCAGAAGAUCCUUCUGUUGAAGGAGGUGCUGAUCGACGUUUAGUUGGAGAGACAGAAAGCAUGACAGAAAAUGAAGGAAAAACUGCAUUCGAAAAGCGUCAGAAACGAAAAGGUGAUCUACGUAAACGUGAUAGUAAUUGGGAUCCAACGAGUGAAGAUUAUACUGGACCAUGGGCUAAAUAUAAAGAUGAAGUAACUGUUUCGGUUCCUUCUGAAGAGGAUCGUGUUUAUUUGGAAGCUUAUUUAGCAAAGAAAGCUAGCAAAAGAAAAGUUGUCGAAGAAGCUCCAAUUGAAGAAAAAUCUACACUGCAUAUACCAACACCAUAUGAUUAUCAGGGUAGAAGUUUCUUGCAUGCACCACAUGAUAUACCGAAUGUGAAUUUACGAGCAACUGAUCCACCAGAAAGAUGCUUUUUACCUAAAAGACAAAUUCAUGAAUGGAUUAGUGCACACGCACGUGGUGUUGCAGCAAUUCGCCUGUUCCCUCAUACUGGUCAUUUAAUGUUAUCUGCUGGAAUGGAUUCAAAGAUUAAGCUUUGGGAAUUAUAUAAAGAACGUCGAUUAAUUCGUAGUUAUAUGGGUCAUCGUCAAGCUGUUCGUGAUGUAUCAUUUAAUAGUAAUGGAACAGCAUUUUUAAGUGCAUCUUAUGAUCGUUAUGUAAAAUUAUGGGAUACAGAAAUUGGUAAAUGUACAAAUCAAUUCAAUUUAAAACGUGUUGCUUAUUGUGUACAAUUUAAUCCAGAUGAAGAUAAACAACAUUUAUUUUUAGUUGGUUGUGCUGAUAAAAAAAUAUUAUGUUAUGAUACGCGUAGUGGUGAAGUUGUCCAACAGUAUGAUCGUCAUUUAGGCGCUGUCAAUGCUGUUGCAUUUGUGGAUAAUAAUAGAAGAUUCGUUUCAACAUCCGAUGAUAAAUCGUUACGUGUAUGGGAAUGGGAUAUUCCAGUGGAUUUUAAAUAUCUUGCUGAUCCGUCUUUACAUUCAAUGCCAGCGGUUAGUGUUUCACCGAAUGGGAAAUAUUUAAUUUGUCAAUCUCUUGAUAAUCAAUUAGUUGUAUUUAAUAUAUUUGCUGGUUUUAAACGUAUGCGUAAAAAAAUCUUCCGUGGUCAUAUGGUGUCAGGUUAUGCAUGUACUGUAGAUAUGUCACCAGAUAUGCGUUAUGUAAUCUCUGGUGAUGGUGAUGGUUAUUUAUGUUUAUGGGAAUGGAAAACAACUAGAUUAUUAACAAAAUGGAAAGCACAUGAUGGUGUAUGCAUUAAUUGUGCAUGGUUACCACAUGAAACAUCGAAAGUAAUCACUGCCGGUUGGGAUGGGAAUAUACGUCUUUGGGAUUAA